AUGGCCCUGCCUACCAUGGACCUCGCGCCGAUCUUGGACAAUCCCAAUGUCCUGCAACUCGAAACGACUCUGAUCUUGUACGGCGUCAUGGCGGGCGGUGAGCAAUUCUGCACCCACAUACGUACACCACACCCUAGGGCAAGUCGAGCUAACAAUGUCUGUUCGAUGAAUGGCUUGACACGAUGACAGCCGUUGGUUGGGUGAGCUUCACGCGGACGAGAUGGACUUGCAUCCCUCUGCGCCUUCAGCGGCUAAAAUUGCUGCUCUUCUUGUGAUACCGGUACAGGAUCUAGCAUACUACAUCCCACACGACAUCAAGCUACUUGCUUCGCGCGGAUGGGCAUCUCCUGUCCGCGCGGUUUCCCGUACUGCGUACCUUGUCGCGUGA